CGGGAGUGCCGUAAAUAUUGUUUACUGAAGUAAUGCCGUAAAUCGAACUUGCACUAGAACAGUUGCGACGCUGUGUGAAAAUUUCGGAGUUAUAAAUUGCAGGUUUAAGACAAGAGGAUGGCUGCGUCGUCCUCCUCUUCUUCAGCUGGUGGAGUCAGUGGCAGCUCCGUCACUGGAUCAGGGUUUAGUGCUUCGGAACUCGUUCCACCCCGGAAAGUACUCUAUACCUACCCCAAGGGGGCUGGGGAAAUGAUGGAAGAUGGCUCUGAUAGGUUUUUGUGUGAAUCCGUGUUCAGCUUCCAGGUUGCGUCAACUCUGAAACAGGUGAAGCAUGAUCAACAGGUGUCUCGAAUGGAGAAGCUUGCAGGCUUGGUGGAAGAGCUAGAAGCUGAUGAGUGGAGAUACAAACCAAUCGAACAGUUGUUAGGCUUUACACCUUCAUAAAUGUAAAGGCAGUAGGACACCUGAAAAAAAAAAUGCCACCUUUACUUGUAAACUGUGACUUUUUUUAUUGUUAAUUGGGAAUUCAUAUUUCACAGUAGCUACCCAAAACUUACCAACACUUGUAUUUUCCUGGGAAACGCUAAUGCACACUAUAUAUGGUAGGAAAUCCCUUUUUACAAAUGGCAAGCUGAUGUAUUCAGUUGAAAACAAAAUACAAUUAAUAUAUACCCUGUUAUGUUUAAAGGAAUUGCCUUUACAUAUCUGUUCAGUAAUUUGUAAUAUGCACUGUGUAUAUGAGCAGAUCCUAUCCUAAAAUCCUGCCCAUCUGAAAAAAAAAAAAAAUUGUAAUUAUAUCUUUUUAUUUUUGUGAACAUUAACAGAAUUGAUCAUUUUAAGAGCAUGUCUCAAACCAGAACACCCAGCUGAAUAGAAUCUAAUCUUUUUUCCUUUAAAUAAGUAGGCUCCAUCUAAAAUUAGGUCUUCUCUAAAUGGAAAACAAGACCUUUUGUUUAAACCCGUCCAUCUGCAAAACAAAUAGUGUGGUUUUAUGGACAGACAGUGUACAUUUGUGAAGUCAUGUAUUUGUGUCUAGAAACUGAAUUUAAAUGUGGGAUUUUUUUUUUUUAAUCUCUGUAUACACUCUGUACAUCAAACAGCUGAGGUCUCAUCAUGUGUUUAAAAAGUUAACGUAUCUAACAAGUGGUCUGAUAGUAAAUCGUUUUUUAAAAAAAAAUAUUAAAUCAUAUCAAGGUUGUACAUUUA